UUGAUCAGAAACACGUGUGACGUUUGAGGCUAUUUUCGCCGGUGUGGAUGUAUCAAUAUACUGUAUUUGUGCCCGAACAGCACAUUGUGUAGGCGAUGCACAACACUCAACUCUCUGAUCAACGGGAAUAGACAUUUCUGUGACUAUUAUAAACACGUAGCUAAUACAAUAAGUAGUGUGGUUAACUUGCGAUGGACUCGACCUAUUGACGAAUUCGUGCGGAGGUCCUUCCUAUGUAAUAUUGCACUGCGUGCUCUGCGGCGACAGCGCCCGCCCAUCGACUUUUUCUCCUAGCAGAGCAGUGAAGGGAGAUUGAUUUUACUGGAGCAGCCGUGGAGUGUGCACGACCUGCAUACGUUUGGGUAGAGCUAUUGCCGCCGGAGGAAGUAUUGAUUUACUUUCUCACCAAAGGACUUUGCAUACAGAUUUUUCGUAUUGAUCCGAACAUCAUGAUGUUGGCUAAUUUCUAAAUUGCGCACCACGAACGCAAGACAUACACACACAACGCUGGACUCAGGACUCCCUGCUGAGGUGGUUUGUCAUCCUACAGCGAAGCGCCUCCGCAAGGGAGAAUGGGCUGGGUCGCCUAGGCGUCUUUUAUGGGCGCAUUUCAUUGACAAUAUGAGAAAUCGCUGAAGGCGAUAGUAGAGACAAGCGACACCCGAGUAUACCGAGCCCCGCAUCCCAGAGCAGGAUACGGGAGAUAGGUGAGGGCAUCCCAUAGGCAGUAGGUGGAGGGGAUUUUACUCUCAAGCCAGCCCAGAAGCUUCGAUCCUCGGGGUGUACCAGAGCUGCCCGACGCCGGAUACCGAGUCGGCCGCAGACCCCUCAUUUCCCCUUCAAUAGACCGAAGUUUUGCGCCUCCAAACGGAUUAUAGGAACGGUUUCUGCGGAGAGGGAGAAACGGGAGACAAUGGGCAUCCACACGCUCCUUAUUGCAUGUGCGCUGCUUGGCGUGAGCGUGGCCCAAAGGGUAGUGACCGUUCAGAGCGGACCACUUGUACGGACGGAGGGCAGUCACGUGACCAUCUGGUGCAACGUGACUGGUUACAAGGAGGGCGUGGAGCAGGACUUUGAGUGGUCCAUGUACCUGACCUCGGUGCCCGACCGCGAGAUCCGCAUUGUGAGCACGGCCCAGUCCAACUAUGCGUAUGCGGUGUACGCCCAGAGGGUCAACAGUAAGGAGAUCUGGGUCGAGAGGCUGACCAGGGACUCAGCCCUGCUCCACAUCACCAAGGUCCAGGCCAGAGACCAGGGGCUGUUUGAGUGUUACACCCCCAACACAGAUGGACAGUACCUCGGCUCCUACAGCGCCCGCACCAACCUCACCGUCAUCCCCGACUCCCUCGCUGUCACUGCGCCGCCACAGACCCUCUCCCAGGUGGAGGGUGACACGCUCCAGCUCACCUGUGAGGUUUCCCGGGCGACAGAGCAGCACACACACCUGUCUGUGGGUUGGUACCUGCGUUCCCCUGAGGACGCUACCAUGUCGCCCCAGGAGAUCCUCACUCUGUCCCGAGACUUUGUCCUCCGGGCCGGUGCGCCUUACAAACAGAGGAUGACUGCAGGAGACCUGAGACUGGAUAAGACCAGCCCUACGUCCUACAGGCUGACCAUCCACCGGCUGCAGCCUGCUGACCAGGGCCUGCUCUACUGCCAGGCUGCAGAGUGGAUCCAGGACCCCGACCGCAGCUGGUUCACCAUGACCCGCAAGCAGGCUGAUAAGACCCAGCUACGGAUACAGCCCAUUGAUCGGGACUUCUCUAUCCAGGUGAGCACGGAGCGUCGGUCCUUCACAGCGGGCGAGCCGCUGGAGCUGCGCUGCACCAUCGAUGCCCAGAGCGUGCCCGAGCGCUUCUUCUCGGUGUCGUGGGUGUUCAGCAGCUCGCCGGUGGCCGUGAUAGGGCCCAGCGCUGUGCCCGUCCUGGGACUCGACUACGUGGCGCGCGAGGCCGCUGGUCACAUGACUGUGCGCAAGGAGAGCCCCACUGUGCACUUGCUUAAGCUGCAGCACCUCCGACCAGAGGAUGCUGGGAAAUACAUCUGUAGGGUCACGGAGAGGGAGAAGACACCCACCGGGGACUUUAUAGACCGGAGCAAGAGGUCACGCAACGUCCAGAUCACCGUCCAGCCCAUCAAGAGUAAUGUCACAGUGUCUUUGUCCAGUAACUCGUCGGAGGUCCAGGAGGGGGACGUGGUCCAGCUGACCUGCUCCAUCCACUCCACCGCGGGUCCUCUCUCUGUGGUCUGGCAGUGGAGUGAGAAGCAGGGCUCCACCCCUCCCCAGAACCUGGCCUCUGUAGACCGCGACGGGACUGUCCGACCAGGCCCUGGGUACCGUGAGCGUUCCAGCUACGGGGAGAUCCGUGUGGAGAGGGUACAGGAGGACAUUUAUACCCUGUCCCUCUACAACGCCCUGCCUGGGGACGAAGGGCUGUUCUGGUGCACGGCCACAGAGUGGGUGGAGGCCGGGACAGAGUCCGAGCAGAGUUGGGAGAAGAUAGGGGAGAAGUCAGCUACUAAGGCCAUCACUGUUAAGACCGUGGAAUCCUCCUUUGUGGUCUCGGCGUCGUCGCGGACGCCCAGCGUGACAUUUGGCGACUCGUUUGACCUCCAGUGCCUGGUGAAGCCCCGCCAUAACCCUCGUGUGCCUGCCUCUGUCACCUGGCGCUUCAUGCCCGCCAGUUCGGGCUCUUCUGGGGAGGUUGGCACAGCAGGCAUGUUCCGAGACCUGGUGACAUUUACCCGCGAGGGCACGCUGCAGUGGGGCGAGCAGCUGCUGGGCCUGGGCACCCGCACCACCGUGGACCGUUCCCAUUCCAACACCAACUUCAGAUUGUCUGUGACGCGCGCUGGGCGCAAGGAGGCGGGGACGUAUCAGUGCUCUGCCCUCCUGUGGAGGAGGAACUACGACAACACCUGGAGCAAAGUGGCCAACAGGACGUCCAACCUGCUGGGGAUCAGCGUGUUACAGCCAGUGUCUAAGCUGCGUGUGCAGAAGACCAACCAGUCCCUGGUCUACCUGGAGGACAGCCGUGUGCGCGUCAACUGCUCCGUGGCCUCUCAGACCAGCACCGACUCACAGCAUGCCAUGCUUUGGUACGUGCGCCGCGCAACGGGUGCCGAGGCCGACGAGCUCCUGCUGAGGAUUGAGCGCUCAGGUGCAUUUGAGUAUGGCGCGUACGCAGACGAGGAGAGGUUGAGGCGGCGGGUGCAGGCAGAGAGGAUGUCGCCACAGCUGUAUGCGCUGACACUGAACAGGGCAGAGAGCAGCGACUCUGGGACUUACUACUGCCUGGUGGAGGAGUGGCUCACAGAUCCAGACGGAGCCUGGUACAGACUGGCACGGGACUCCUCAGGCUUCACACAGGUCCUCGUCAGACAGCCAGAGGUGCGGUUACAGGUGGAGGAGUCCGAGUCUAAUAUCACCGUGUCCCAGUCCAGUUCCAUCCGGUUGGGCUGUAGCAUCCCCUCCCAGUCCUCCAGAGACUCCCGCUUCUCCGUGUCCUGGUAUGUGGAGCGCUCCUCCAUGCUCUCUGAGGAGGAAGACCAGGGGGAUGUUGACGAGGGAAACCGGGCCUGUGUGUUCUCCAUCGGACACGACGCCGUGUUCGGGAACGGGAACUGUAGCCCAAUCGAGGAGGCGGGGCCUAACUCACGCCUGCAGUUUGAGAGGACGACCUCUGACCUCUACAGUCUGACCAUCCAGGGGGCGCGACCCGCUGACGCUGGGCGCUACUACUGUCAUGUGGAGGAGUGGCUGCUCAACCCCCGCAACGCCUGGUAUCGCCUGGCAACCAACAACUCUGAUGUCACCAUCGUCAACGUGAUCCAGCAGGUCUCCACCCUGCAGUCGGUGGUAUGUUCCAACGACUCUCUCUUCUACUUUGUCUUCUUCUACCCGUUCCCCAUCUUCGGCAUCCUCAUCAUCGCCGUGCUCCUGGUGCGCUACAAGAGCCACAGACACAGCAAAUCCCAGGAGAGCAAGAACGGCGCCCCCUUACUGUGGAUCAAAGAACCCCACCUCAGCUACUCCCCCACCUGCCUGGACCCACCCGUCCUCAGCCUGCACCCCGGCUCAGUGGACUAAGGGACAGAUCCAUAGCCCUCAUCCCAUAGUCCUCAUCGCGGACCCAACUAAUACCACGCCAGGGAGGGGCUACUCCGGACCUCCACCUGUCUAAUCACUUCUGUGUCCAAGCUGUCAAUCAAUCCGUCCAUCCAUGUAUAAUCCCACCCCCCUGUCUGCCUGUCUGUGAGUUACCCUGUAGCAGCUCUGUUGUGUGGGUGGGUGUGUGAGCAUGUGGAAAAGUGUGUGAGCAU